AAGUUUCAUUUUACUCCUUUUGGGACAAAUCAUCCUGCUGAGGGAGACCAGAGGGGAAAGGAAACGGAGGGGAAAGGAAAAUAUCCAGAAGCGACAUGUACACACCCAUCUCUCAGAGCGGCUCCCCGUUCCCGGCCUCUGUGAAGAACCCCGGCCUGCACAUCUGGCGGGUGGAGAAGCUGAAGCCGGUGCCCGUCGCCCCUGAGAACCAGGGCAUCUUCUUCUCAGGAGACUCCUACCUGGUCCUGCACAAUGGCCCAGAAGAACUCUCUCACCUGCACCUGUGGAUAGGUCAGCAGUCAUCUCGGGAUGAGCAGGGGGCCUGCGCGGUGCUGGCCGUCCACCUCAACACCCUGCUCGGGGAGCGGCCCGUGCAGCACCGGGAAGUGCAGGGCAAUGAGUCUGACCUCUUCAUGAGCUACUUCCCACGGGGCCUCAAGUACCAGGAAGGCGGUGUGGAGUCUGCAUUUCACAAGACCUCCCCCGGGGGCGCCCCAGCUGCCAUCAAGAAACUCUACCAGGUGAAGGGGAAGAAGAACAUCCGGGCCACUGAGCGGGCGCUGAGCUGGGCCAGCUUCAACACUGGGGACUGCUUCAUCCUGGACCUGGGCCAGACCAUCCUCGCCUGGUGCGGUGGCAAGUCCAACAUCCUGGAGCGCAACAAGGCGAGGGACUUGGCCCUGGCCAUUCGGGACAGCGAGCGCCAGGGCAAGGCCCACGUGGAGAUCGUCCCUGAUGGGGAGGAGCCCGAGGAGAUGCUGCAGGUCCUGGGCCCCAAGCCCGCGCUGAAGGAGGGGAACCCUGAGGAAGACCUCACAGCCGACCAGACAAACGCCCAGGCCGCCGCUCUGUAUAAGGUCUCAGAUGCCACUGGGCAGAUGAACCUGACCAAGGUGGCUGACUCAAGCCCCUUCCCCCACAAGCUGCUCCUAGCUGACGACUGCUUCGUGCUGGACAACGGGCUCUGCGGCAAGAUCUACAUCUGGAAGGGGCGAAAGGCUAAUGAGAAGGAGCGGCAGGCGGCCUUCCGUGUGGCAGAGGACUUCAUCUCCCGCAUGCAGUACGCGCCCAGCACUCAGGUGGAGAUUCUGCCUCAGGGCCGGGAGAGUCCUAUCUUCAAGCAAUUCUUCAAGGACUGGAAGUGAGGCCCGAGGCUCCCUGUCCCGACUCUCCUGCCUGAGCACCUGCCGCCUGUGUCCCCCUCUGGCGCUUGGUCCAUGCAGAUGCGUGCCCCCUGUGGAUGUUCAAUAAAGGAAGCAAACGCUU